UACCACAGGUACUUCUGUAUUCAUUUCUAAUGUUGCACUAUACCACUAUUACGGCUACCAUUUUGAUAUAUAAUAGUUUGUUUAUAUAUAUGUCGGUCACGGCAAUUCGGUAACACGUUUGUAGUACGAAUUAAGAUGGCGUCUAGUUUAUCAUCCUUCUAAGUUGUAACUUGGUGUCAGAAGUAAAAAUGAAUAAAUCACAUAAACGACCAGAAUUGAAGUUAACUGGCAACAUAUCUGAAAAUUUCAAGAAUUUUGAACUUAGAUUCAAUGACUAUUGCAUUCAGUCGAACUACAGAAAUUUAGAGAAAGACUCACAAACUGAGCAAGCAGAACAUUACAAGCAACCUUUGUUGGAGAUCUCUGCACUGAGAUCUUCAAUGCCAGAUGAAGCUCUCCAGGUGAUACGUUAUACCAUUGAGCCAUCCAUUCCAGUAGAUGAUAAGAAAAAACCGUGGAUUUGGAUGAAUCGUCUACGCACACAUUACACAGGAACAACAGGAUCUACCCUAAUGACUGAUCGGUUCAAAUUCUGGCAUUCGUCCCAAAAUCAAGAUGAGACAGUCCAGGAUUGGGAGGUCCGAAUACGACAAGCCGGAAGCCUGUGUGAAUAUGGAGAAAUUACAGACAUUAUGUGUCGUGAUAAGUUUGUCUUUGGACUUUGUGAGGACACAGCACGAACUGAACUGUUAAAAACACAUCUGAGAACAGAUGGCACACAGAAAACAAUGUCAGAUGUUGUCGCAGAGGCCAAGUCAAUGGAAUCUGCUCGAGUGACAAACAAACUCAUCAGUGAUGCAUCAAAAGGGACAGAAGAGAAUGUUCACUGGACAAAAGCAACAAUACCACCACAACAAAGGAAGAAACACAGAGACAUGAAAUUGAGACGUGAGCCAAAUACUUGCCACUGGUGUGGAGACAAUAAAGGACCACAUCCUUGGGCAACUUGCCCAGCUAAUGGACGUAAAUGCACAAGGUGUGGUGGAUUUGACCACUUUGCAAGAGUAUGUCUAGAACAACAAAAUGUCAGCCACCUUGGCAACAAGGGAUACAACAGACCCAACUACAACAGAAGAAAUAACCAACGUCCUCCACAACCAAACAGCAAUCCGCAGGGUAUGCAAAAGUCGACCAACCACCUUCAUGCAACAUCAACAUAUCAUCAACCAGAAAGCAGAACAGAAUCACCUGAGCAGCAACAACCAACAUACUACACUGAUGAACAACCACUGUAUUACAGCACAGCGUACGCAACAGAUCAACGGAAUGGACAAUCCCAAUCAAAUCAGGAAAAAUUUUAUUCAAAGCUUUUGUGUUCAUCAACAGGGAGAAACUUUGUAAACCUACAGUUCCAAAUCGACUCCGCCGCUACAUCUAACACCAUAUCGCACCAGGUCGUCCAGAAAUACUUUCCUGAUAUCGAGCUUCAGAAAUCACGUUGUGUAUUACUUCCUUAUGGGAACAAAAGUGAGCCAAUCAGACCCAUCGGGAAAAUCACCCUUUUGUGCGAAAAGUUCAAAAAGUAUCAUAGUCUAGUGUUCCAAGUCCUUGACUCGAAGGACAUGAUCGGAAAGCCAGCUCUCCUUUCCGGUAAAGACUGUGUAAACAUGAACAUCAUGACAAUCAACACAGGGGAUAUCUACUCUCUGCAACAGCAAGGCAACCUGAAUCAGCCAACAACCACUAGCCAACCAAAAACACAUGUUAACAAAACAAAGCCAUUAGAUACAACCCAUCCGCUGACCAAGGAGUCAUUAAUUGAAUGCUAUAAAGAUAGCUUUAACGGUGUUGGCUGUCUCCAACCACCAGUAUCAUUCCGGGUAAAAAAUGAGGUUACACCAGUUCAAAUGCCAAUUCACCGAGUACCACUGAGCAAACGUGGGAAAGAAAAAGCAGCUAUAGACAGAUAUGUCAAAGAAGGAAUACUGGAAAAAGUGACACAAACAACUCCAUGGUGCUCAAACAUACUUUGUAGAGAACAACCAAACAAAUUUCGUGUAUGCAUAGAUCCCAGCCAAACAAUAAACAAAGCAAUAGAACGACCUGUAUACCAAAUGCCAACACUGAAUGAACAUCUACACAAACUGAACAAUGCAAAAUGUUUCACAUUAAUUGAUGUAAAGGAUGGGUAUUUUCACGUGCCGUUAGAUGAAAAAUCAUCAGAUAUGACAACAAUGCACACUACCUAUGGACGUUAUCGAUGGAAAAGACUUCCAUUUGGCAUCAACAGUGCUCCAGAGGAAUUUCAAAUGAGACUCAUGACAGCGUUAGAAGGACUAGAAGGUAUCGCACCCAUAGCUGAUGACAUCAUAGUAUAUGGUUGUGGGGAAACAUACCAGACAGCAGAAAGGGAUCAUGACAAAAAUCUCAUUGCACUAAUGGAAAGAGCUAGAACCAAGAACAUUAGAUUCAACCCAGCAAAACUCAAAUUCAAGCUGAAAGAACAGAAAUUUGUAGGACACAUUCUUACACAAAAUGGCAUCAAAGCUGAUCCGGAGAAAACUGAUGCCAUCCUACAGAUGCCAAAACCACACGACAAAAAGAGCCUGCAACGCUUCAUUGGAAUGGUCAACUACUUAUCACCUUACUGCCAGAACUUGAGCACUGUCAUCCGGCCAUUGACUGAACUAACAAAAACAGACAUGGCGUUCACAUGGUCUUCAACACAACAGACUGCAUUUUCAGAUGCUAAAUCACUUAUAGCAUCUACACCUGUCCUACAAUACUUUGAUCCAGCUAAGAAGGUGAUACUCCAGGUUGACGCAAGUGACAAUGGUCUUGGAGGAACACUUCUACAAAACAACAAUCAAGAACAGUUACAACCAGUCGCAUUCACGUCUUGUACUCUCACUGAAACUGAGAGAAGAUACUCUCAAAUUGAGAAAGAGUGUUUAGCUAUAUGUAAUGCAUUCUCCAAGUUUGACCACUGGCUGUACGGACACAAAAACAUUGAAGUACAUAGCGACCACAAACCUCUGGAAAUCAUCAUGAAGAAGCCACUCAACCGAGCACCGGCACGACUUCAAAGAAUGCUAUCCAGACUACAGAGAUACCAAUUUACGGUAACCUACAAGAAAGGAACCACACUCUACAUAGCAGAUACCCUAUCCAGAGCACCACUCACCAAACCUUCCACAAACACAAUAAAUGCCUUUGAAGUAUUCCGCGUUGAUACAGAGUCAGAGUAUCCACAACACCACCAUCAGCUCAAAAACGACACGGAAAUGAACAUCCUAUCAGCUACGAAAAAUGACCCAACCUUUCAACGGCUCUACACCCUGAUACAAAGAGGAUGGUCAGAUGAACCACAACAACUUGAUCAGGAUCUCAAACCAUACUGGAACUUUAGAGACGAACUGUCCAUCAACAAUGGUUUUAUAUAUAAAGGACACUGUACCAUGAUACCAAACGGACUGAGAAAUGAAAUGCUUCAGAAAAUACAUACCAAUCACAUGGGUGCAGCUUCCAACACGAGAAUGGCAAAAGAAGUACUUUUCUGGCCAAAUAUGGCAAGAGGCAUUACUAACAUGUGUCAUGACUGCUCCGAUUGUGCAAAAUACCAAAGAUCAGCAUCUAAAGAACCGAUGCGAUCAAUUCCUGUUCCGUCACUCCCUUGGCAAAUUGUUAGCCAAGAUCUGUUUGAAUACGAGAAUAAGGACUAUCUGGUCACAGUAUGCCACUUCUCUGACUGGAUUGAAGUUGAUCACUUACCAAACACCCUUGCCUCUACUGUUGUAAGGCACACCACAGCACACUUUUCGCGUUAUGAAAUAUGCCAUACAGACAAUGGACCACAGUUCAUCAGCAAUGAGUUCAAGAAUUUCGCCAAACAAUAUGGCUUCCACCAUACUCGCUCUGCUCCAUAUUACCCAAAAGGGAAUGGGCGUGCUGAAGCUGCAGUCAAAGUUGCAAAAAACAUGCUCAAAAAGUCUCAAGACUUCCAAAUAGCGCUUCUAAACUACAGAAAUACUCCGCAACAGGGACACUUGAGUUCCCCUGCACAAAGAAUGAUGAACCGAAGAACCCGAACUAUGCUACCAACCUCAAAGUCUGCACUUUUACCAUCACCCAUAGACGUAGCCAAUACAACACAACAGAUAAUUGACAAACGAAGAACAGCCAAGGAAAUAUACGACCGUCAUUCAGGACCGGUUCACGACAAACCAGACGUUGGCACAUACGCAUAUGCUAAACCACCUCCACAAAAACGGGGACAACCAUGGACGUAUGGACGAAUAAUCAGAAAAAAUGACAUGUCGUAUACCUUGCAAACACCACAGAAUACCAUUAUCACAAGAAACCGGGUUCACAUCAAACCAGCGGCAGCACCAUCCGGGCCACUGAGCAUACAUAAAACUGUCAUCGUACAACCUCAACAUACCACAGUCAAACCACGGUUGGAUCAAAUAACACCUGCACACAAUCAAGCACCUAUAACCCAUGUAGCACGACCUCUUCCAUCUGAACGACCACGCAGCAGUCCACAAGCAAAGCAAGCCUCAAUCGAAGAUUUGUCCAUGACACCAAUAAGGCCACAGAGAACAACUAAAUUACCAACUCGCUUUAAGGACUAUGUCAUGUCGUAAAGAAAAAUAGGACAGUACUUGAUCAAAAGGCCAUCGUUUUAUUGACUCAGACUCACUUUUCUUUUGUUAAUUUUUUUUUCGGUAGGGAGGUGUUGCACUAUACCACUAUUACGGCUACCAUUUUGAUAUAUAAUAGUUUGUUUAUAUAUAUGUCGGUCACGGCAAUUCGGUAACACGUUUGUAGUACGAAUUAAGAUGGCGUCUAGUUUAUCAUCCUUCUAAGUUGUAACUCUAAGGCUGUUGGUGUAAAUGUAAUAGCCAUUUCUGAAGAUAUUGAUCGACUUGAUGAUGGUGAUGACUGCAUCGAUACAGAAGAAGUUAUAGCAUUAAAGGUCACUAUAAAAAAAGAUGUGAUAUAGAAAUACAUAUUUAUAGAAAACCCAGUAGGAACCUAGUAAAACAAUCAUGAACAAUAAAAAAAAUCAGAUGAAAUUGCAGAGUUUGAAGAUAAUAAUUGACUUGGUGGAGAUUGCAUUGAUAUGUCAUCAGAAGAAUUGAGGGUAUCACAGAUCUCUAUGAAGAUUAUGACAAUACAAAACGAUUGAUACAUUAAAAAUGACUUUUUACACAAACUCAGAUAAUAAUAAAAAUGUCUGAAAAUAAUCUGGAUAAAAGACUAUGCUCACCCAUGUCUCUACCUUGCUUGAAGUAUGCAGUGAUUUUCGAACUAGGAAGUUUGUUCAGUACACAUGGUGUUGAAAUUGUAUUGCCUUUUUUUAGUAUUGUUAUCACAUUACUUCUUGGAAUUUUACAGGUUCCUAUCUCCAUCACUGGACAAAAAUGAUUUGGUCGAUCAAAAACCUUUGACUUGGUUCCCAUCAAUACAUUGCGGCCUCCUUUUUAAAACCAUAAUACCUUCACAGGUACACCAGCAACACCUCUCCUGGGCUCAACAAUUGUGUUGAAUAAAUUGUCC